AUGAAGCUCACUAUGGUGCUCGCCUGGGCCAAUUUGUUGGCUGUUGCAAUGGCUUUCGCUAUCCGUGGAGCAGCGGAACGUGCAUACUUCUACAGUGUGUAUAUCAUGGAGGAGGCCGCCUUUGAGGAUACGGCACAGAUGACAAUCGCCACGGGCUGUAUGGGAAAACGCACGGGGCUCCGCGGGCAACUAAAUCGAUGCCUCUUCAGUGAAUUUGUCGACUUUUUGUGGGCACCAGAGAAAGGUAAAUCUCCAUCGACAAAACCCAAUCCGGCUUGGGUUGUUUGGGGCAACGCUCAAAGGAAGGAUUUUUCGAAUGAGAAUCUGUCGAAGAUAACAGCGGAGAAAAUGAAAAGCUGGCUUCAAAUGGUGAAUUACCAAGAUGUCCCAGACCCGACAACCGGCAAGAUCACGAGAGAGAAGCUUCCUGGUGCUGGUUACACUGGGUAUAUGGAUACCAAAAAAAUGAUUCCAACUGCAGUUGACUACCCUGACGGAAUAAGGAAAGCUGGUAUAUCUGCCUGGAGAGCAAAGGAAGCCUACAGGCAAGAUACAACCCUCUCUGCUGCCGAUCGGCAGAAGUGGAAUAUGUGGGGAGAUCGUUGCAGCGAUGCGGCAGCUUUGGCUACCAACCUCCGACUUCAAGACAACGGGAAAAAUGAAUGCAAUUUUAUCAAAGAGAGGCUGUCAAGUCUUUUCAAAGGAAGAACAGAAGACGUCGUGAGGGUAGACGCCAGUUUGUUUGGAGGUAAUGGGGGUAAGGUCAGCGGAGUGAAAGUGUUGGAAAAAGACAGAACGGCGGCAGAAUGGGCGACGCUGACCGGGACGAGUGUAGAAGAUAUCAAGACAAUGAUUGAUAAAGGGCUCGACGACUUCGGUAAACAGCCAGGAGGCCCGGAGCACGCCAAGGCGCUGGAAGAGUGUAAAGGCGCCUAUAGAAUGACGUUUGAAGGUCGUUGCUGA